AUGAACGCAACUGCAGAUCAGCCAAUCGUCGCAGGGUGGUGGGACCCGCUUAUCAGGUCGGUCAAAAGGUGUGGCUGUCUGCCAAGAACAUCCCUUUGCAGUCCACUUCCAGGAAAACCUUUGAUAGUCCCUUGUGCCCGCCUUCUGUCUCCCCUCCGCCCGCCCGUAUCAUUGACGGCGCUCCGGCUUUCACGGUCUCCAAGAUUUUGGACGUUCGCCGCCGUGGCCGUGGCUUCCAGUAUUUGGUGGACUGGGAAGGGUACGGGCCUGAGGAACGCUCGUGGGUCUCCCGUUCUCUCAUCCUCGACCCUUCCCUCAUCACUGCCUUCUUCCGUGCCCACCCGGAUCGGCGUCCGGGACCGCCUGGAGGCGGUCGUUGACGGGGGGGUACUGUCAUGGUGCCUGCCAGUCUCCUCCCCCUUCCAGCCCUGCUCUGCUCCUGACUCCAGCUGUGACCAAUCAACUCAUCAACUCACCUGCUUCUUAAGGAGACCCAACUCCAAGAGUCUUCGCCAGUUCGUUAACCCUGAUGGUUUUGUCAUGCCACGAUUGUCACCUGGAACCUACACCACCUUGAGCUGCAGCUACCUCCCAGACGCCGACGCUCUUCGGCCACAGCACGCACUGGUUCCGGCUACACUGGUCCUCCAGCCUCGCCACUCACAAGAACUCCAGCAACACCCCUCCAAGACCUUCAGUCACACCACUCUCAAGAUCUCCAGUAGCGCUGCAGCUGCACCUCUGUCAGCAAAAGCUACAGCUCGCUCAGGCUUCUCCACCACGCUCAAAGCCACGCCUUCUAGUCUCGACCUAGCCACGCUCCUCCAAGCCUUCGCCAUAUUCAGUGACAUUAAAUUACAUUUAUCCACUUACCUGUCUCCUCGUACUGGGUUCCAGCAUCUGGGUCCGUCUCGUGUUCUGACCAUGACAAGAAUCCUGUAAAAACAGAGAUUUUGCUGAAAGUGUAUUCAAAUCUUCGUGGAACCUGAGCUGGGAUCUUGCAUGCAGAUUACAAACACA